UCUUUCACCAUUCACGAUGACGAAAUCGAGUGCAUAGAUACGUGGGGGGUGAUUCUUCCUCCCUGUUGCCUUGGGAAGUAAAUAUUUUGCCUCCUCCCUUUCUGCCAAAUGCCCAACGCCCCGUUUCCUACUUGACAUCUGAUUUCACGACUCCGCAUGAGUCACGAGCGCAAUAAUUUUGCCCCAAUUUCGCCUGCUUCACGGCAAUUUUCUCUGCAUCGGUGUAACACAGGUAUUUCGUCGUGUGUUGCCGCACAUACAAUUAAUAGUGUAAUGCAAUUAUAACUACGAUUGAGAUUGAAUUAUAAAAAUAAACAACAGAACGAUGACGGAAGUCAAGAAGGACGAUGUCGUCAAAAUACUUCAUACGUAUCCCUUGUGUCGCAAAUGUGACAUGAGCGACGAGAUGAAACAGGAAGCGAUGGAGUUAUGCGUAACGGCAGCCGAGAAGUACGCGGAUAAUUACGAGAGUGCUUCGAAAAUGAUUAAGGAAACGAUGGACAAAAAAUUUGGAGCAUCCUGGCACACGGUAGUGGGUGAAGGAUACGGAUUCGAGAUUACCUAUCAGCUAAAACACCUUCUGUACAUGUAUUGCGCAGGAAAUUUAGCUAUUUGUAUAUGGAAAUCCGCGUAGCCAUAACAUUAAAGUCUAUCUUGAUAACGGUAUACUAAUGCUAUCAGUUAGACAAAAAAGCUACAUCACCAUCCUAAUCACAAGCAAUUGAUAAAAAAUGUUUCUAAAUGUGCUAACUCUGUGAGAUGAGUAUUGGCAAUAUAUUUAAAGAUGUAUUGACGUUGUAAUUCGUGUAAAUGGUUUCACUAUAGAUUAUAAAUAUUCUCGUUCCUAUUUUUUCAACAGAUUAAUACCGAUCUUAAUUGGUUUUCAUAUAGGUACUUUAUAUGUUGCAAUAUCGUGGUUUGGAAAAUUUUUACGAUCGAUAAUCUUUACUAUAAAAAUUGACGAUAAAUCGAUGUUCGAAUGACUGAUUAAUAAUAGUAUAAGUACAAACAGACUAUGGAAUUUGAUUCUGAAUCUUUGAUUUAAAUUUCUGUGAGUAUGUAAAUACACAUGUGAGGAAUAUGACAAAGUUCGAGAAACAUCAGAUCUAGUCAAUUAUUGAGAAUUAUAAAAAAACAGUUAAAUGAAAAAGACUACACUUGUGUAAUAUUAGUUAAUAUCCCAAAUCUAGUACCGCCUUUAAUUUGCGUCCACUGAAAUUUCAAAUAGGAGAUACGAAUGGUCAGAACACCAGUUUCAUAAUUUAUGAUUAUAAUAAGAUUGCAAUAAUAUUUAUGUAUAAUACCGGAAAUUGUCUCAUUAUAAAUACAUACAUGAGAUGUAACAAUAUUUGUGGCCUGAUUGAAAAUAUAUUCAUCAAAUUUGAGACACUGUA